GUUCUGCUCGUCCAGCGACGCGUCCGCUCGUGGGAUAAGCGGGUGCACGCGGGCGGAAAGACGUGUAACUGUCUAUCGCGCGACAUGUGCGUCAAAGGUAGCGAAGCGAGAAGUCGCGAGGGAGGAACGAGGGGAUGAAGAAGAGCCAGGAACUUUCCGAAUGCAAUGCGAUGCCUAUCGAUCGGUCGCCAUGUGUGAAAUAACUCAAAUAACACACACGCCGAUCUGCGUACACCCACGUACGAUGCCACCCUACGGAAAUGUUCUUUCUUUCUACCUCAAAUACAGGCUGCCUCAUGCAAACGGGACAAGCAGUAUCUUCAAAACUAAUAAACAAUUUUAUACCAGGAUAGAGGAGACAGCGCUCGAUCUCGAGGCACAAAUUCAAGAGCCUUCGAAAACAAAGGCAUGUCCAGCCUUGUUGGAUCUAUAGUCAGUGAUUGAAUCCAGGAAGACAAUAGACGAGACGCGAAGCGAAGCUACGCGACGAUCGAAACAGUCGAGCCACAAGACUCGUUGUCUCCAGCUUUCCAUCUCGGCUUUUCGAAAUUUUUCUCAGGUCCACCAUGGCGGCACCGGCAGUUGGCAUCGACUUGGGCACAACUUACUCCUGUGUAGGUGUAUUCAAGAGCGGAAAGGUUGAGAUCAUCGCGAACGACCAAGGAAACCGUACGACACCCAGUUACGUGGCGUUCACCGAUACAGAGAGGUUAAUCGGCGACGCAGCAAAGAAUCAAGUAGCCAUGAACCCGACGAAUACAAUUUUUGACGCUAAGAGGUUGAUUGGCAGACGCUUUGACGAUUCAUCGGUCCAAGCUGACUUGAAACACUGGCCGUUCGCUGUUAUUAACGACGGGGGAAAGCCGAAAAUUAAAGUUCACUACAAGAGCGAAACGAAAACCUUCUUUCCCGAGGAGAUCUCGUCGAUGGUUUUGACGAAAAUGAAGGAAACUGCGGAAGCUUAUUUGGGAAAGGCCAUCACGAACGCCGUGAUUACGGUACCAGCGUAUUUCAACGAUUCUCAGCGUCAGGCUACCAAGGACGCCGGCACUAUCUCCGGCUUGAAUGUCCUGAGGAUCAUUAACGAGCCGACUGCCGCCGCUAUUGCUUACGGCCUCGACAAAAAGGGACGCAGUGAAAGGAACGUUCUGAUCUUCGAUCUCGGCGGCGGUACCUUCGACGUAUCGAUACUGACUAUCAACGAUGGCAUAUUCGAGGUUAAAGCAACAGCCGGCGACACACACCUGGGCGGAGAGGACUUCGACAACCGUAUGGUGACACACUUCGCGCAAGAGUUCUCGAGGAAGUUCAAAAAGGACCUGACGAAGAACAAGCGAGCGAUCCGUCGGCUGCAAACGGCUUGCGAACGCGCCAAAAGGACCCUGUCGUCGUCGACCCAAGCCAACAUCGAGAUCGACUCGUUGCUCGACGGAAUCGACUUUUACACGUCGAUCACGCGAGCCCGUUUCGAGGAGCUCAACCAAGAUCUCUUCAGGGGUACAUUACAACCCGUCGAGGAAUCUCUGCGCGACGCGAAGAUGGAUAAAUCGCAGAUUCACGACAUCGUUCUCGUCGGUGGAUCAACCAGAAUUCCACGGAUCCAAAGACUCCUCCAGGAUUUCUUUAACGGAAAAGACUUAAACAAAUCGAUAAACGCGGACGAGGCCGUAGCUUACGGAGCUGCAGUGCAGGCGGCCAUUUUGCAAGGCGACAAGUCCGAGACGGUUCAAGACCUACUGCUCCUGGAUGUUACCCCUCUCUCCUUAGGGAUAGAAACCGCUGGCGGUGUGAUGACCGCCCUAAUCAAACGCAAUUCCACCAUCCCGACCAAACAGACACAGACUUUCACUACUUAUUCGGACAAUCAGCCGAGCGUUCUCAUCCAGGUUUACGAGGGCGAGAGGGCAAUGACCAAGGACAACAAUCUUCUGGGAAAAUUUGAACUAUCCGGGAUACCGCCGGCACCACGUGGAAUGCCUCAAAUCGAAGUGACCUUCGACAUCGACGCGAACGGCAUCCUGAACGUAUCCGCCGUGGAGAAAUCGACGAACAAGGAGAAUAAGAUAACGAUAACGAACGACAAGGGUCGGCUCAGCAAGGAGGACAUCGACCGAAUGAUUCGCGAAGCGGAAAGAUACCAAACCGAAGAUCAAUCGCAAAAGGACAAGGUCGCGGCGAAGAAUAACCUCGAAUCGUAUUGUUUCAACAUGAAAAAUGCCGUCGAGGACGAAAAGAUCAAGGAUAAGAUCGCGGAAGGUGACCGGAAACGCAUUGCCGAUAAAUGCAACGAAAUAAUCAAGUGGUUGGACAGUAACGUUUCUGCUUCGAAGGAGGAGUUCGAGGGAAAACUAAAAGACGUCGAAAAGAUAUGUAAACCAAUUAUGACAAAAUUCUACGAAGGUGGUGCAUCUAAUUAUGGACAAGCCGGGGCGGACGGUCCAACGAUAGAGGAAGUGGAUUGAAUAUCCUUGGUCGAUAAUGUUACGUGCCGCCGGUGCCUGGACCUAAAAUUUGGCGCAAAAUUUUCAGUUUCCAUCGCGAAAUCUCAGUUUCCUCGGUUUAGCAAAAUUUAUGUAAUUUAGGAUCUUACCAUGAAAUAAACGGCACUUCGUAAUUUCCAACGUGUUAUUUAUUGCAAGCGAGUUUGGGAAAGGUAGUUACUGUAAUGAUUUCGCAAUACAUUCGAAAUAUGCAAUAAUAUUGUCAGACUAACACGAUGACCUAGCGUCGUCGUUUACAUGUGUGUGUGUGUGUUCCUGUGUGACGCGCGUAUGAGUGUAUAUGCAGCUUGUAAACUGUUUAAACGGGUCCUUCUCGCAUCACAUUAACACUAAAAUUGUAUGCUUUUAAAGAGUAUGUACACAGUGGGGGGACACUAUUAAAUAUUUAAUGACCUUAGCGUACAGUAAAUAUAGACUACGCGUUAAUGGAACGUUUCUUCUCGUAAAAAAUAGA